AUGCACCUCUCGCCUACUACAUCCUUCACUUACUCACCACCAAGUCCUGACUUUUCAGGCGAUAGAAAAAUGAAGAAACCGAUGAUGGAGAAGCUUCGACGAAAGAGAAUUAAUGACUCGUUGCUGUAUCUCAAAGAAUUCCUCCUCAAUGUCUCACCACAACAAAGUUCUAAACUAGAGAAAGCGGAUAUUCUUGAAUGGACAGUACGAUAUCUUGAAGAGCAACGAGGGAAUGUAACGACCGCUGGAGACCCCGCCGCAGUGUACCGAAGUGGACGAGAGGAGGGCUUUGCCCGUGGUUUUGCCCAUGCAUCUCAGGCCGUAUUCAACUACCUACAAAUGGCCAUGCCACACGACUUCAACCCUCAAGCACAGCAAUUUCAUCUUGGACUGGUGCAUCAUUUGAAUGCUGCCAUGCCAUCUCGAUCAGGAACAACCACCACUUGUCAGCCGAUGCCCGAUCCUCCUAAAUGGUCACCUGGCACGCCACCCGCUUCAGAUAUCUCGUCCAGUGAAUCACCAGAACCAACUGGCUCACCAGGCCGAACCACUCAAGCUAAAGAAGGCCGUGGCGAGCGUUGGGCUCGUCCAGGACGUGAGGAUGAAUCGUGCCGAGAACCACCAUCGAAGAAGGUCUGGCAACCGUGGCAAUGA